AUGGGUGUUGCCGAAUACGAAGAAAAAUAUUUGUUUAUAGCACAUCUGGCAACACUGAUAGGAUUAAUAUCGUACGUAGUAUUGCACUUUCAUUCACAACUAUCGGCAUUAAAUUUUAGCAAGAGAUUAGUUAAAACUAACAAAUACAUAUUAAUUAAUAAACAAAUUGUACUUUCUUCCAAAAAGACAGUAUUUGCUGAAACCAAAUAUCAUAUUAAGCGUUUACAGGGGAGUGGCAACAAGCAGUUAUGUUUACUGAUUUUCAAAGUGCGCGCCGCAAUGGCUAGAAGAACACAAGUACACUCAGUGGACAUGCCUGAUAAUACCGAGGAACUUGAAAGUCCCAUAACUAUAGAGUCCGGUACAUUAGCUAUAAAAGAUGACUCUACAAAAGAGCCACAAAAAGAUUUGUGGGAACGUCCCGCGUCUUUGGAAGCACCCAUUUUACCCGAUGAUGGCUCGACUAUAUUACGUUUUGAAAUUCAACUUGCACGCAUUAUGCCUCCCGAUGGCGAGGAUCUCAAAGUUAAACGUUACGUCGUCUACGAAUUAUCCGUACGUCAAGAUUCCUCAAUAAUCGAUCCACAACCAGCUAGUAUUCAACGUCGUUAUACGGACUUCCGCAAUUUGUACAACAUACUCAAAAAGGAGUUUCCAAACAAAAUGUGUUCUUUGUAUUUCCCAAAUAAGGUGCUGGUAGGCAAUUUUUCAGCCGAUUUAAUUGCAGAACGUAGCGCUGCCUUUGAGACGUUUCUAACGCAUGUAACCAGCUGUAGUACAUUGCGCGAAACAACUGCCUUUUUACACUUUCUGCAAGAUAACGAAUUGUCCAAGGCCUGUCAACUGCUGGACGAGCGUCGCAAUGAAUUGGCGAUACCGUUGUUGGAAAAUUGCUUUCGUUUAUUAAAUAAAAUAUUUAUGGAUCGUUCACGGCCAGUGCUACUUAUAUUAUGUCGUCUAGUGGCUGCCUGUACUAUGUCUCCAGUGCCUCAUCAUUCCGCUGAACGUUGGGCAACUUUGGCCUUAAGUCGUUACGAUACGCUAUGUGACAUUGAUCUUCUACAAUUGUAUAUUCCAUUGUUACAUACAUGUACACAUCUGUGGUGGCAGCGUGGUUUGGAUCAAAAGCCAAUAACUGAUCGUCUCGAAGAAAUGUCUAAAAAAGGCAUUAACACGAAAAGUAACAUUACUCUGAUACAAGCUAUACAUAAGUUGGAUCCGCGUACAGAAACAAUAUAAACUAAAUACGUUGAAAGGUUACGCACAUAUUACAAGUCAUAUAAAAGGUAGCAAUUAUUGGUUAAGGAUCCAAUACAUGGUGUAAACGUCGUAUUUUUACUAGCAAUUAAGACGAAAAGUGCAAUUGUCUUUAAACUACCAACAUUACAUUUUAAUUUUGAAUAAUUCUCGAUAAUUUAUUCAAAGGCUUAUAUUUAUUUAUUUAUGGGUUUAUUUAAAAAAAGAAUUGUGCGUACUGUCGUGUGAAUUUUGUUAAUCUCGUAAUUAUUUAUUUAUACUUUUUAUAACGUCGAAUCAUGUCAAUUGUUUAUAUACGAAUUUAUCUUAUCAUAUAUUGUAUACACUUUUAAUGUUAGCAAAUAUUAUAUAUGUUUUAAUGUUUUUAACACUAAACAUUUAUUUUUAUUACAUGGACAUAUCGUAUUUUGUGUAUUCACUGUAAAAACAAAACAGCAUUUAUAAUGUAAAGGUCUCCUUAUAAAAAAAUACAUAGCAACAAAUAUAAAUUUUAUAUGAAAUUUAAACGAAAA